GGAUCGAGGUUGCUCUCUACACCUCCUGAGAGGUUUUAAAAGCAAGACAGAUCAAAUCACGUGACAUACUGGAGAUAAUACAUUUCUCCAUCAAUGAAUUACCUCUGCACAUAAAUUCAAAAUGUCUGCCAGAUUUUAAGCACAAGGAAAAAAGAUUGCUCACGUAAAAUAACGUUCUAGAAAGAUGACGGAAGUAAUGGAAGGCCCAGAAGCUGCUUAUGCACAGUCUGAUUUGUAUGCUGAUGUCAUGACUGGUGACACUGUAUCUCAACCAGAUGGUCAGUUUGGUCAAAACCAGCCUGCUGGAAAUUCCAAACCAUUGGUAAUGGAAUACAAAUCAUACACAACAAUACAUCCGAAAUCUGUUGAACAGCAAGAAAAAGAAUCGAAAAUAGCUGCUCACGUAGACCGUCAACCAAAAGGAAAACAACUUUAUGUUGGUGGACUCACUUGGUGGACAAAUGAUGAAGAAGUAGCUAAGGCUAUCCAGGCAUGUGGUGUGCAAGAUCUGAUCACUAUAAAGUUUUUUGAGAACAGGAUUAAUGGACAGUCAAAAGGAUUUGCUUUAGUUGAAGUUGGUUCUGAAGAAUCACAAAGACUGUGUAUGGAGAGACUUUCGUCCCAAGUAAUCCAUCACCAAAAACCCAUCGUGACGUAUGUCAACAAACAGUCCUUAAGUAUGUUUGAAAGUCAAGCUAGGAAAGAUAUACCUGGCCUGGCUGGUUCUGAUAAGCGUGGAGGAGACGAUCGAAAGCCCAAGCCUAACUAUACGCCACACAACAAUGGUCCACAAAUUAUCACUGGACUGCCCCCACCAGGUGCAAAUGUUGUCAGUGCGCCUAUGCUGGAUCCAAGUAUGAUGCAUCAACACGCUCUACCUAUACCGCACGCUGGUUUUCCUCCGGGAAGCAUUGUGGUUGAUGCUAUGGGAAACAUUAUUCAAGGUGGUAUUAAUAUGCCUGGUAUUAUGCCUGGCGGUAUGCCACCAGCAUCAGUAGGGGGACCCAUGCAUGGAUUACCGCCGAGACCAGGAGUUGCGCCGCACAUUAACCCGGCCUUUAUACCACACGAUGGGGCCCCUAUUGAUCCAAUGACAGGCGCACCUUUGCAAACAGCUGGUUUAAACGAUCAAGAUAUGGAGUCAAUGAGAAGAAAUCAGGCGGUUGCUAGCACAGCCAUUCAGAGAGCUAUGACAGAUGCUAAUGCUGGAGAAUUUGAGAGUGGUAUUGAAACUUUAGUGACUGCUAUUUCGUUGAUUAAACAAUCGACCACAGCCAAUACCGAACCUGCGCAAGUGUUGGUGCAAUCGCUUCAAGAUUGUCUGCAAGGUUUAGAAGGUCAACUUGUUCAAAAGGGUUCCGGUCAUCGUUCUGGAAGAUACAACGAUGACUAUCGCGACCAUGACAGAAGAAGGCGAAGAGAUCGAUCACGUUCACGCUCAAGAAGUCGUGAUCGGAACAGAAGAUCGUAUUCGCCUCAUAGAUCCAGAUCUCGUGAGAGAAGACGACGAUAAACGGUAUUUUAAAUACGUAAGAUUUUCACGUAAAAAGAAAAACGGUUUUUAUUGACGCGAAUUACAUUUUAAAAGAACUUUAGUGAAUCUUCUAACGAACGAGAAUUGUAGCCAUCAGUAUGAAGCAAAAAAGUGACAAUGUAUGAACAGAUCUGCUUGUAAAGAUAUUUCUGUAGAUUUAAAACCUUUGUAUCUAAA